AUGCCUCGUGAUAUCACUUUUACCACCUUCGAUGGUGUCAAAUUGGCGGCCACGGUGUAUACUGCUGGCGAGAAGCGGCCUAGCAUUGUCAUGACCCAAGGGUUUUCAGGUCUGAGAAAGCAGUUCCUUCCCGAUUUUGCCGAACGAUUCGUCGCCGCAGGAUUCACCACGUUCAUCUAUGACAACCGUUGCUGGGGCGACAGCGAGGGCGUGCCACGAAACCAUGUUGAUCCGAUUCUGCAAACACGGGACUACUUUGAUGCCUUCAAUUUUGUGAAAACGCUGCCAGAUGUCGACCCCGAAAAUAUCAUAUACUGGGGUAGCAGCAUGUCCGGUGGCAACGUUAUCACCGCUGCGGCAGUCAACAAAUCCGUCAAGGCGGUCAUCGCCCAAGUUCCGUUUGUGACGGGGGAGGUCAUCAAUCGAGCCAACGUGGCCAGCGGCAAGGAUGCGAUCAUGGCCCCCAUUAUGCCCGAAAACGAGGAAGAAGCCUUGAGCGGCAAAAGCCAAGCCAUGCUGAAUGACCCCAAUGGUGUGCGGUUCAUGAAGGAGAUGGACAGGCGAGGAUAUGCAUACGAGAAGACGGCCACUUUGCAGAGCUUGAUUCAUGCAGUUUCUCACGAGCCCCGGGCAGCUAUUAAACGCAUCAUUCCUCGCCCUAUACUGUUUGUGGUUGCUGAAAAUGAUGCAAUUAUUCCAUCCGAUACGCAAUUUCAGGUCUUCAAUGAUGCAUCAGAUCCCAAGAGGCUUCACGUUAUCAAGGGUGCCGGGCACUUUGAUCCGUACUUUGGGGCGCCAUUUGAAGAGAACAUCAAAGUUCAACUUGAGUUUCUGAAGGAUAUUUUCCACUAG